AUGGUUAACCCUCAACACCAACAUCAACAUCAUCAAGAAGAUGACGACGAUGAUGAACCUAUCAUGAUCAAGUUGUUGGUCAUUGGACCACCACGAAGUGGAAAGACGAGUAUCAUCAACAAGUAUUGUAAUAAUAUCAACCCAACCAAUUAUAAGAUUACGGUCGGUGUCGACUGCGUCACCAAAGAAACAACUAUAUCAGGAAGAAAGGUUAUUUUGAUGAUUUGGGAUAUAGCUGGUCAAGAAAGAUAUGCACAUAUGACAAGAUUGUAUUAUAGUGAUGCCAAGGGAGUAUUUAUUGUAUUUGAUAGUUCAAACAUUGAACCAACAUUAAAGGUAGCAGAGCAAUGGAAGGAGGAUGUCGAUGAGUGUUUUGCCGACAACCCCAUUCCAUCUAUUCUACUGGCCAACAAGGGCGAUCUAUUUCCAAACUCUCAACAAGAGAUACCCUACAAGAGAUUCGAUAAGUUUUGCGAGGAGAAUACCAUCGAUAAGUGGUUCCUCACGAGUGCAAUGACUGGAGCAGGUUUGAACGAAUCUGUCGAAGACAUGGUCAAAACGAUUUUUGAAAGAAACCCUUCUCUUUUACCACGAGACAAGGAAUCAUUUAAAUUACAACCAGAAGCAAACAGUCAAAAUAAUAGACCAAAUCAAGCAACAACUGAAAGAAAAACUUGUUGUUGA